CGGAGCCGACGGAAGCCAGAAUCGAGAUGGCUAUGUAACAUAGGAAACUAUACUUUAGGGGGCUGGUCUUAAAAAAAAAAAAGUGUAACCUGAGCUAUAUAAGCAGCUAACAACUUGUGCAUAUUAUGUAUUUGGAACAGUUAAAAGAGGAUGCGUAUCUCGGUUUUUUUAUAAGGGUAGAUUUAGUUAGCCUAAUAUACUCUGCACCAUCAUUUUUUUUUUGUAAUACAGAGCGGUGAUAGUGACAUUGGUAACAAUAUACCGGCAAAUUCUAACAGUGGCAGGCUAAUUCGUUUUAAAAGACUGUUACAUCCUUUUUUUGCCCAUAUUAAAAAUCUCCAUUUUUAAUGUGCUAAUAUUUAUAUUAUAAGCGAUAACAAUAAUAUAUAGCCUAUAUAUUUUAUGCGCUUAAACGUUUGUAAUGAUGGGAGUCGGAGCUGAGAACAAGACUACGACCUUAUCUACUAAGUUUGCAUUGCAGCAGCUUGGAGAGGGAAAAGAGGAGGUAGAUCUCGCCAUGAUGACACCCGGCAAUGCUGAAGCCAUGAGGCUAGCAAUGGCUGAACACCCGGCAACGGAACCGAGAGAAACAUGGGGUCGACGUAUGGAGUUCGUGCUCGCCUCUAUCGGUUAUGCGGUGGGUCUGGGGAACGUGUGGCGCUUUCCGUACCUGUGCUACAGGAGUGGAGGAGGUGCUUUCUUGAUUCCCUACUUUAUCAUGUUGUUUCUCUGUGGUAUCCCACUGCUGUUCAUGGAGUUCACCGUUGGGCAGUACACUCGUCUAGGGCCGGUCCACGCUCUGGCUAAAAUAUGUCCCCUCUUCAAAGGUGUGGGGCUUGCCACAGUGGUGAUUUCUUACGUGCUCUGCACCUACUACAACGUGCUCAUGACCUGGGCUCUCUACUACCUGCUUCACUCGUUCAGCCCCUCGUUACCAUGGCAAUCCUGCAACAACACGUGGAAUGCAGUUGGCAACUGUUCCACUGGUUUUCCUGGCAAUGCCACACAUCUGCAAUCAGCCAGUCAACAGUUUUUUGAUCAUAAGGUCCUAGAAAUGACCACAGGGAUUGAGCAUGCUGGAGGGAUUCGCUGGGAACUCUUUGGCCUCCUAGUCCUGGCCUGGGCCAUUGUUUAUUUCUGUAUCUUUAAAGGGGUCAAAUCCACUGGAAAGGUUGUGUACUUCACUGCCACGUUCCCUUAUUUCAUACUAUUUGCAUUGCUGAUCAAUAAUGUCCAGUUGCCUGGAGCAAAAGAUGGUAUCCUCUUCUUCCUCAUGCCAAAUUGGAGUAAACUCUUGGAAGUCCAGGUGUGGGUCAAUGCUGCUGCUCAGAUAUUUAACUCCAUUGGCAUCUCCUUUGGUUCUAUGAUCUCUAUGGCCAGUUACAACAAGUACAACAACAACAUCCUUAGGGACACAUUUAUCGUCUCUCUGGCUAAUUCAGCCACUAGUAUCAUAGCCGGCUUUGUUAUUUUCUCUGCUAUUGGGUACAUGGCCCACAUUCACAACCUACCUGUAGAUGACAUUGCCACAGAUGGGCCUGGUCUGGUGUUUGUGGUAUAUCCUGAGGUGUUCUCCACCAUGCCGAUUUCUCAGCUCUGGGCUCCUCUGUUUUUCAUCAUGUUACUCUGCCUCGGACUGGACAGUCAGUUUGCCAUGGUGGAAGUGGCUGUAACAUUCAUCAUGGAUGGCUUUGGCAAGAAAGCUUUGCGAGUUUUUAAGAGGAAGGAGCUGAUUGUUCUGGCAGUGUGCAGCAUUGGCUUUCUGCUGGGGAUUCCUCACAUUACCAGGGGUGGGAUAUAUGUGUUUCAGCUGAUGGAUCACUACACAGCUGUGGUGUCUCUAAUGUUUCUGGCCUUCUUCGAGGUGCUCGCCGUCACUCUCAUAUUUGGAGUGAGACGGCUCAGUGUAAUGGUGGAGAAAAUGCUGGGAAAGAAACCAAACAUCUUCUUCCGUGUCUGCUGGCAGUUCCUGUCACCCAUGCUUGUGCUGGGUAUUCUGAUCUCCAGUAUUUUUCAGUAUACUCCAGCUCGAUACGGCAAGUCUUACACUUACCCGCUCUGGGCAGAGGUGGUCGGCUGGUUCAUCUCUCUUGCCUCCAUCGUCUGGAUUCCACUUGGGGCUCUACAUGAGCUUUGGACCACCGAAGGGUCUCUGCUGCAGAGGUUGAAAAAGUCCAUAACUCCAACUGUAGAUCUGGAGUCUCUUUCAGAGAAACCAUCUUCCGAGUCCAUUGCGCUGUUUACUGCUACUUAGACACCUGCGUGUGUGUUCUUAAUAUGUUUACUCAUUAGAAGUGCAAAGUAGUUCUGCUUAAACUAAAAAAUAUCAUUUUAUGUUUUUGCUACUAUUUAUAUUGUGUUUAUUGCAUUUAAAAUGAAUGCUGAAAAGUACAAACAUCAAAAUGGUCCCAGAUUUACAAAAUGCAAUUAAUAUUGAUGAAAAUCAAUUUUUUUUUUUACUUAUUGAAUUACUUUUUUUACAUAUAUUUAUUUGAUUAUUUGACAGCUUUGUAAUGUUAAAAAAAAAAAACCUUAAUGUCAGAUAUUAGAAAUUUCAUGCACAUUUUUCUUCAAAUAAAGAAAUGUAAAAUAUGACAUUCUAGUGAGAGGUAAAUGGCAAGAUUUUUGUUGGUUUUCUCCGUUAUUUAAGCUUUAAAAUGAUUAAACAUUGACCUGUAAGCCUUGUUGUAUUAUAUAUUUGGAUACACUGAUUUGCAGGGUUGACGAACCGAUGUUUAGAAUAUUAGGCUCAACAUACUUGAUUUUACAAAACUUCAUUUCAAAAUUCAAAAACUGAACCUAACAAACUCUUGCACAAAAUGUUUCCAUGAAACUCUUUAAUUCCAUGAAGUUCUUAAAUGUCAGCAUCAGUUUACUGUGGUACAACAACAUUCACUCUCAUAGGCUUUAGCACAGAUCAGAAAAAGAGCUUUCAGAUGCCUUUGUGUUAACAGAGGUUAAAUUAACUGAGCAAUUUAUUUAUUAACUUUUUUUUUAUGACGCAUGCAGGUUUUGCCCUCUACUUUGUUACUUGAACUGUGGCACAUAUUCUAAAACAUACAUAGAUGGUUGAGUAGUUUACGGAUAAAAUGGGGGAAAAGAGGAAAGGUUGUAAGUAAAAAUGUGUGUGCCCUUUUUAAUACGCACUUUCUGAUGUCACCUUUAAGGCCUAUGCAUUUAGAUGUAGAUCGAGAAAAAAAUCAUGUUUACUAUUUUUAAUUUUAGUAUUCACUAUUUUGUAAUUUAGAGUAAACAGUACCUUUUGGAACAGUACUUUUUUUUUUUUCUUUUUUUUUCUUUUUUUCAAAAGUAAGCCAAAGUUUAUAUCAAAAUGUCAUGACACUAAAAUGAGAGACAUAUUUAGAAACAAAAUAGUUUGUUUAAAAUGUGCAAUGUUCAAACUAGUGAUUUAUAAAGAGAUAAUAGUGUCUACUGAAGGAUUGACAAGACAAUACAACACAAUACAGGUGUCAUAUAAUUAGUAAUCAGUAAUAAUUAGUAAUAAUCUGUGAAAACGGUCUUUAUUAAUUGUACCAAACCAUAGCACUGCUGUUAUUGUUUAAUGUAUGUAUAUUAUUGUCCUGUCAUCUUUUUUUGUUCUCAAAAUAUAGAUAGCACAGAAGGAUAAUCGUUCUAUUGUGUCAUUAUUGACUGACUAUAAUAAUAAAACCUUUUUAUAUAUUUAAAAUGCCAUUUUAUGUCAUGACUGGUAGUUUCAUAUGCAAGUUGUCUUAUCAAAAUAAAAGACUUUGCGUUAUCA